AUGGGUGCUGAACCCAAGCCGGAUGCAAGAGUGGCCCCGUUUACCAGCAUUCCCAGUGACACACUGGAUGGGGCUGAGCCUCCCACCUCUGAAACUCUGGGUACAUGUGAACCAGAUACUGAGAACAUCCUAGACACCUCUCACAUUACCCUCACCCCAGCCUUAGUUAUUUCAUCCAAAACAGAAAUCCCCACCAUCCACCAGGCGUAUUCGAAGAUCAGUGACAGCAUCACCGUAGAGUGGGCUACGGUGCCGGGGGCCACCAGCUACCUGCUUACGGCCGAAGAUGGGGACACGGUCAUUGAGACCACCGUGGCCAGCUCUCCGGGCACCGUGACAGGCCUGAAGGCCGCGACCUUGUACCAAAUCACCAUCCGAUCCAUCAGCGCCGCCGGGAGAAGCCAGGCAUCGUCGCCAAAGCAGGCGAAGACAGUAUUGGCUGCACCCAUUCUGGAAGCGAGCUCUCCGGGUCCAGACUCCAUCCUGGUGCGCUGGGACGCUGUGUACAUGGCGAUCGGCUUUUCGGUGUCCAUUAUGCGAGCCAAUGGCUUGGGCAGGAUGUGGAAAGAGAACACCACGGACACCUCUCUGACCUUCCGCAGCCUGGAUGCUGGGACCCUGUACACCAUAAAGGCCUACGCGUGGAAUGCCAACGGAGUCCCUGGCGAUGACUCCAGCUGCAAUCAGAGAACAAGUCCUCGUGCCCCUGCCAACAUCCAGGUCUCUCUUGACAGUGGGGCUCUACAGGCGUCUGUUUCGUGGGCACCAACAGAAGGCGCUGUCAACUACACCGCCUUGGCUCUGAGCGGCUCCUCCCUGCGCAGCUGCACUGCGACUUCGGGUUCCUGUAGCAUCUCUUCCCUGCGGUGCGGAGCUGAGUACCGGAUCUCCGUUUUGGCAAGUAACGAUGCCGGGUCCAGCAGGUCCACCUCAGCCGUGACCCUGAAGACUGUUGCUUGCGCACCUGGAAGAGUGACGAUCCAAGAAGAUGCCCCGGGUCACUUGGCCGUGGCUUGGUCCAGCGUGGAUCUGGGUGACUACUAUGUGGCUUUCGUAAAGAGUGACGACGGUCUGGAAGUCCACUGCAAUACAUCUCUCACCCAGUGCAACUUCUUAUCUGAGUGUGGUUUCACGUACUUUAUUAGUGUUUUUGCCUAUAACAAGGCCGGCCAGAGUCCUUUGGGGGAUGUAUUCAAUUAUACCACAGCUCCCUGUUGUCCAAGUGACAUUAACGCCGUGUCGGUGUCCAGCGACAGAGUCGAGAUCGUCUGGUCUCCUGUCCGUGGUGCCGAACUCUAUGAAACCAAGGCCGUGGCUAGGUCCAGCAUGGUGGAGUGCAGUGACACUGCUCCUGCCUGUACCCUGUCAGCUCUGGAGUGUGACACCAAGUACAACGUCACAGUGUACUCCUUCAGUGAGGCCCGGGGCAGCAAUCUGUCAUGCCCCUCCCACGUCAUCAGCACAGCUCCUUGCAGUCCUGAAAUAAAAACCAUUACAAAGGAUGCCUUCUCCAAGGUUAGUGUGCACUGGCGAGCGGCUAACGACGGUGCCACGUACACGGUCACGGCCCAGGGGAAGAAGGGAGUGUAUCAGUGCACCAGCGCGGGAGAGGCCUGUGCGAUGCGGGGCCUGCCCUGUGGCUCAUGGUUCUCUGUCACUGCUGUGGCCGAAACUCAGGCAGGGAAGAGCCUGCCCAGCUACAGUGUGCCCCUAGAGACAGUCCCAUGCUGCCCUUCUGGUCUGAUGGUAGCUCAGGUCACCCAGUCGGUAGUCAACGUGAGCUGGACUGUUGGGACGGUGGCCCAAACCUAUGUAACCAUUCUGGAUUCACACGUGGGUCACUCUAAGUGUCACACCCACCGCAACUACUGCCUCCUGGGAUGCAUCACCUGUGGCAUCAACUACACAGUGGCAUUAAAAGCGAUGAGUCCCACUGGGCUCACUGCAGACUGCGCCUUCCAGAGUUAUUCCUCCAGUGCCUGCUGCCCUUUGGGGGUGAAAUUAUACAGGUUGGGUCUUAAUGGCAUCCGGAUCUACUGGCAAGCCUCUAGGGGCUCUGCCAAUUACAGCACUGACCUCUAUGGUUCCAAAGGCAUUUUCACGUGUGUCCCAAGUGCUGGCCUCAGUUUCUGUGAUGUCACCGAGAUACCCUGCGGGGAUGUGUAUACCGUCAUGGUCUCACCAGUUGCUGAAACGGGUCUGAAGCUUACUUUCUGCCCCAAGAAAAUAUAUUCAGUUACCUGCUCUGGAAGUACACUUGGAAUGGCAGCCUUCCGCCAGGGGACGCCAGACCGCUCCCGGCAUUCCACCCGCACUGCACUGCACUGCGCAGCCUCCGUCUAG